AUGACCGAGCCCGCUACGGCGGCUGCCCCCGGCGCUGCAACGACCCCGGCGCAGAAACAAACCAGCCCUGCGAUUCCCGUUGGCUUGAACGAGGCGUCUCUUGACUCGCCAACCUUUCGAGCUACCGCCCAACAUUUCGGAGAGCACAUUGACAAUGUCGAGAAAUGGCUCGACGACUACGUCCGUUCGACUUCUCGAGUCACCCGUGACAUCUUGGCGCUCGAGGAGAGCGUCAAUGCCUACCUAUCCAAGAUCUUCCCGCCCGCCGCGAUUGCCGAUUCCAUCAUCGACCACGACUACACCCUGCUUGCCUUGCGUCGCAUCAGCGAUGGAUCCAAGGAAUGGUGGACGCAGAUCAUGUCCACCGUGCGCAAGAUGGAUACCAUCUCCGUCGAGCCCAUCCGGUCUUUCGUCGCCGCCGACUUGCGUUCUUUCAAGGAGGUUAGGAGAGUUUUGGAGCACACGCAGAGGAAUUUCGACCAGGCCAUGGCUCGGUAUAUGAGUCAGUCCAAGACCAAGGAGCCAUCCGCCAUCCGAGAAGAAGCCUUCGCCGUGUACGAGACACGCAAGGCAUACCUCAAGGUCUCCAUGGACUUUUGUCAGCUCGUGCCCCAGAUCCGCUUCAGCCUGGACAAGCUUCUCGUUCGUGUCAGCUCCGACUUUUGGAAAGAGAUGAAGCGCUCGCGUGAUGCCACCGCCGCCUCCAUCAAGUGGGGUUCGGAGAUGGACCGCAUCCGUGGCUGGUGUCGGGAGAUGGAAACGACAGAGUUCGUCUUCAAGAGGGAGCUGCAGAUCGCCCGCCGCGACAUUGGAGAAAGCACGCUGCAGGAUUUCAAGCCGUCUCGAGAACUCGAGGACUACAGUGCUUCGACCGUCCCCUUCCUCGGUUCCCGAGGCCCGGUUAGUGUUCAGCCGCAGGAAAACUCGGCUGUCGUAUCGGAGAAACAAGGUUGGCUCUUCCUCAAGACACUCUAUGGAAAGCCUGCCAGGUCCAACUGGGUCCGCCGCUGGUAUUACUGUAGAGAUGGCAUCUUCGGCUGGCUGAUUAACAGCCCCCAGGGUGUGCUGCAAGGCGACGAGGUUGGCGUUCUUCUGUGCAACGCCAAGCCAGCUGUUGCAGAAGAUCGUAGGUUUUGCUUCGAGGUCAAGACGAAGAGCCAGACCCUUGUGCUUCAGGCAGAGACCCAGACCCAGCUUACCGAGUGGCUCGAGGUCUUCGAAGUCGCCAAGAAGAGAGCGUUUGAGGCCAGUAUGGACAGGGACAGCACUUCUUCGCCUGCCGGGGCCGACCCGGCUUUCUCCAUCACGCCGCCUGCCCUUCCGGAGUUCUCGGCGAGAUCCUUGGACGCGGUGGUCGCGGGCGAGGAACCUGCAGCAACCUUUGACAGGGCCGGCACCCUCCCGGUCCCUUCAUCAGACGGCAACAAUGGCGGUCGCGCUAGUUUUGACGUGAACGGCGUGCCUCGCCGUUCCAUCACCGCCUUGGGGAGGGAUCUAGGUCGCGAGAUGGUUCGCGAAGAAGGGGAAAGCAAUCGCGACCACGCGGCGAGAAUCAUCCAGAAGCUAGAUCUGCACCGAAAAGCGACCUUUGGAGCCGGUGCCGAAGCCGCGGUCGCCGCUGCCGCCACGCCGGGCAGCGGCGGUAUCGCGAGUUUAUUGGCAAGCCACGGCCACCUCCCCGGAUACCCUUCUCCCCCCCGGGCGGUUCAGGGGACUCUGGCCCCUCUGACGCUGGCAAAACCGCCUGCAGCAACUAACCUAAGCAGAAUGGCUGUCAUGUUCUCUGUGGACAGGAGUGUGGGAGGGGACAACACCAGCCACAUGCCCACCGCCGUCCUCGCCAACUACUGGGGAAGCAGUGCUUGGAGCGUCGUGUACGGGUCGGGCCCGGGCCGUCCUCGAACUCCUGGGCUGCUCGAGGAGAACCCCUUCGGAAUAGUUGUCCGUGAAGUGGGCAAACCCGGGGAAGAGAAGCCUCUGACCACCUCAGCCGGACACAGGAAAACGGUCAGUGUCGAUGCGAAGAUUAACCAACCCCCUGUACCAUUCAAACAGCCGGCCGAGACGUUCCCCCCAGGCUACCCGCCCGAGCUGAGGAUCCAGCACCACCAGUUCCGCAUUCUCUUCCCCACUGUUCCCCUCGACGAGAAGCUCGUCCUCGUCUUCCGGGCUGCUUGGUCAAGUUCGGCAGGUAAAGACUCGCCAUCGCAUGGGCAGGGACUUGCGGGCAACGGCCGCAUUUACAUCACCCCCGACAACAUGUACUUUUACGGACAACAGAUGGGUCUGGUCGUUGCCUAUGCCAUCAGCCUCGACAUUAUCGCCGAGGUCACGGCAGCACCUGGAAAGGAAUGCGACUUCAUCUUCCUUCACCUCGGAAACGAUGGCAACGACACAGGAUACACGAGAAUCACUAUCAAGAUAUUCCUGGACAAUCUCAAAUUACUGCACGCAAGGUUGAACUUGCUCAUCGACGAUCUCCAGUCGGAGGAGCCGCUGGAACUGUCAGAGCUCAUCCAGGCUUUGAUCAACCUGGAGUAUGAAGACCACAACAAGCGCAGUCCGAGUGUCGAAAGCUGGGAAGAAAUCUCUUCAAAUACACCGUUCGAUGACGGCACUCACUCGGGCCGCCCUGCCAGGCGCCAGAGCCAGUUCGGACCCAGGCUUCGCCCAUCAGGCCCCGGUUCUCGACAGACGCCCAAAGUCCAGUUGCCCGCGCACCCCGUCAUCUAUGAGCCUGAAGACAUGCAGAGAAUGGUGGCGGAGCGGCAUUUUGAGAUCAGUGCCAAGGCUUGCUUCCACGUGCUUUUUGGAGACAAGAGCUUCGUUUUCCCCAAGCUCUACUUUGAACGGAGGGCGCAGCAAAUCGCCCAAGGCCCAUGGGAACUCGCAGACCACGGCCGCAUGAAGCGGGAAUUCCAAUUCAAGUUCGACUAUAACGACAUGCUCGGCCGUCACAAGACGGUGGACGUUGUCGACUCCCAGACGAUGGACAUUUUCCAGGAGCAUGUCACGUACGUCGUCACGCACACCAAGACAGCGUGGCACCUCCCGCAUUCGCAGGACUUCAAGCUGGUGACCAAAGUUGUCAUCACACACGUGGCCAAGUCCAAGUGCAAGCUGGCGAUUCACACAAAGAUCGAAUGGUCCAAGGUGCCGACGUUUUCCAAGAACCUGGUGGAGCGGCAGGCCUUGAACGACGCAGAGGGCGACGCCGAGGAGCUAGCGGACGUAGUAACGGACCAGGUGCGCAAGCUAGGCCCGCAUAGCCGGACGAAGCGGGCGAUUCAGGUGUACGGAAACAUUGGGCAGCAGACCCAGGUAGUUGUGUUCUCGCCGGCGGACGCGGCCGCGUCGAAGAAGCAGCUCAUCAAACCGCGCACGCUGACGACGAUGCUCUUGGAGACGCUCCGGUCCUUUGGCGAAAGUGCGGUAACGUCGGUCAUUAUGUGGGCCAUCGCAGGCGUCAAGACGAUCUUCAGCGUGGUCACGGCUCACAGACUCAUCCUCCUCGUGCUUGCCGUGAGCGCGUUUACGAACAUCGCGCUGACCUCCCAGGGGAGUUCGACAUGGUGGACGGAGAGAAAGGCGGCCAAGUUCAUGAGCCGCGUUGGCGUUGGGCCGAACGUGAUGAUGAGCAAGGCCAUCUACAUGGCAGACCUGAACGAGGCAACAGGGGCGGUGGGCCACAACAGUAGCUGGCCUACAGAUAGCGCAUGCUUCACCACCUUCCAACUUGUUGCCAAUGCAACCGAUCUCGAUGCUCCGUACGAAGACGCAGGGUCGACGUUGGCAUCGGCCACGGGGCGCGCAACCGCUCGGCGGCUGCGCCAGACACGGCAGCGGCUUGGGUCGUACCGGCACGACCUGAUCGUGGCGAUGCGCAUCGUCAACAGCAUCGAACGGGAGAUGAUGCAGUCCGAGUGGGAGAACUGGCUCGCGGACGAGAACAUGCGUUGUGAUAAGCUCAAGAUGGUGUUGGAGGAAGGAGGGGCAGGUGCUAAGACCAAGCGGAGCGGCAGCCAAAAAGUCAUGACGGCGGCCAUAGACGAAGGCAAGAAGGAGACGUUGCGUGAGUGGUACGACACAUACUGCGGCAGCUGCAAGCUGGAUCACCAGGCGCUGAUGAGCGAACGAAACUCGUUGGCGAGCCUGUAG